GUCAGAGUAACCAUAAUUUCGCACAAUUAACCUAUAAGCUGUCUCGUUAUCAUUUACUGACGCAUUAAACCAUAUAUUUCUUAUUACACAUGAUCUAAUAUUUUAAAUGCCAAUACAUUUUGGUUGUGGUUGUGGUUAAUACGUACAAAUACAAAAUCUUUAUCAUGCUUUAGUGGCUUUCACCCUGUUCAUAACUGAAUUUAUGCCAAACGCAUCAAAAGCUCGGCGUUUCUCACUUCAUAGUAAAAGUCCUGAGAAAUCUUUACGACAAGCACGAAUGAAAAAUGAUGCCAAUUCAAACGGGGCUCAUGUUUUAAAACAACCUCGACGCAUUUCUUAUAACGCUUUAGCACGGUCCAAAAAUUCCAUCGACAUUUCUGCAUCAAAAGGGGACGCGAGCAGUAAAGGAGUAAAAAAUGGUGCAAAUGUCACAGAAAAAAAUGAUGACAACUCUCAGAGUGUUAAAACUUUGGUCAUUCCAUAUUCGUACAAUGAACGGGAAGCAAACGUUACGAGAGGUUAUCAAAUCACAUCGAGUUUUGCUCCAGUUCCUUCGAAAGUGCACCAUCAGUUGACUGCAUCUUCAGAGGCAAACAACGAGGAAGCUGCAUUGAACUCAUUUUAUGCUUCUUCUCAACAACUAAAACAUUCCAUAUUUUCCACUAACUUUCUUGUACAUGGCUUGAACUUUGAAACGAAUAAAAACAACAAAGAGUUGCUUGAUUCUGAACCUGCUUCUAACAGCUUGAGAGAAAGGAUGGAUUCCGGAUCUCGAGCUGCACAUUGGUGGCAGCGUAACAGAACAGACGCAUUGGCGAUGGCCACCAUACAGUUGAAGAUGCCGAGGAAGGACAUAUGGAGGGCCCUAAUUGCCGAACUUAUCGGAACAUGCUUGCUUAUCAUCAUGGGCUGUGGAAGCAUUCUUAGUCUCACCACCCCCAAGGCUUUGGACCUCACAGGAAUCGGACUCUGCUGGGGGAUGACGGUAGCAACAUUAGCCCAGACUCUUGGGCAUGUCAGUGGAUGUCACAUGAACCCAGCCGUCAGUUUGGCGAUGAUGGUCACAGGCAAACUGCAGCUAAUCAAAGCCGGACUUUACAUUGGAGCACAGUGUAUUGGAGCAAUGAUGGGGGCUGCGGUAUUAAAGGCAUUAACUCCCGACGAGAUUGUGGGGGACUGGGGAAUAACAAAGUUGGGUCCUGGAGUGACCCCCCUACAAGGAUUUGGAAUUGAGUUUGUCGCCACAUUCGUUCUGCUUAUGGUCAUUUUUGGAGCAACUGAUGAAAACAGGACGGAUUUGAAGGGAUCAGCUCCACUUGCCAUUGGAUUAUGUAUCACUGCACUUGUCCUGUUUUGCGGUCCCUUUACUGGUGCCAGCAUGAAUCCCGCCCGCACAUUAGGACCUUCAGUGGUUGCCUCGCAUUUUGAUAACCACUGGGUUUAUUGGAUCGGUCCAAUCUCGGGAGCUAUCACUGCUGCUGUUCUUUACCACCAAAUCUUCCGGGCUUUCAGUCCUGAAGAAGUUGCCACCAUUCAGGCUGAAGAGGAUAUCAAGAAACGCGAAGGUGAUGCCAAGGAAGGUGCCGUCCCAAAUGUGUGAAUACUACUUUGCGGACCUGUUCCUCCGCAGUGCAUAUGUGAAUGACAUUGCAAUUUAGGAAUGCAUGUAUGCAUGUAUAUUCUAGACCAUUUGUGUGCAAGUGACCUUGUUGUAUCUCUAAUUGUAAGGACACAAGUAUUUAUGUAAUAUUUUUUAUAUUUGUAUGUUAUAUAAUUCCUGCAUUGUCUUAUUGGUUCAUAAUAAUUGUUUCCACAUGUCGUGUAUUUGCAGUUACCCACAUUAAUAAAAUAAUAUAUGCAUGCAUGUGCACAUGCCCUUUCGUACAGCUAUCUAAGUACACAGAACUCUGGCUUGAUAUUGAUUUGAGCUGUUUAAAUUUGAGCUUGUUUUAUGCACCAACAAGAAUUUUAUUGGAGAAAUAAAUUAUACGGCAGGCAUAUUAAAUAUUUAUGUGUUAUAAAUGUAUGGUAAUUUUUCAAAUACUAAAUUUAUGAUUGGUUGACCAAUAUAUUAUUAAAUAGGAAUUUAUCCAGUAAUAAAAUAGUACAGUGAUGUAGUUGUCUUUAAAA